AUGGGUUACACUUACAUAACCUCUUUCCAAAAUAAGAGUUUCAGCUUUCACUCUUGGAAUGAUCUGCAUGAUCGUAACGAUCAAGGGCGUUGUGUUUUUCGCAUGACUUUGAAUGUUACUUCAAGGAAAAAGAUGUCUACAUUGCACCAAAUUUCUCUCCGUGAUUGUUUUUCUUCUAAUAGAUGUUGCUCGUCUUGGAAAGGAUUGCGGUGUAGAAGAUUAUAUGCUACUGUUUUAAGUGAUAGAGUAGAUGAAGUUGACCAUGAGGUUUCCGGCUUUGAGAAUUAUACUGGCGAAAGGAGAGAAUCUAGUGAACGAGUGGAUUCAGUCGAGUCUCUCAACUCUUCAACUUUGUCAUCAAAGGCACAAUAUCAUGUUAAAAAUGACGAGGCUGUCAACAAUAAGACUCUUCAGACGCUUUGCAAUAGUGGAAAUAUAAGGGAUGCAGCAAGAUUGAUUGAUAUUAUGUCCCGUAUAAGUCAAAUACCUCAUUUUCCUUCUUGCACGAAUUUGAUACGAGGUUUUAUCCAUACUGGUCGGGUAGACAAAGCUUGCAGAAUCAUGAAUAUAAUGGUUAUGUCUGGUGGUGUUCCUGAUACAAUUACAUUCAACAUGGUUAUUGGAGGUCUUUGUAGAAAAGGUAAUUUAGAAUCUGCUCUUGAAUUGCUUGAAGAUGUGAGCUUGAGUGGAUGCUCCCCAGAUGCAAUUACUUAUAAUACAAUAAUCAAUUGCAUAUUUGAUAUAAGAGAUUCUAAUUUUGCUAUUAGUUUUUGGAAGGAUCAGUUGAGAAAAGGGUUCCCUCCAUAUUUGAUGACCUAUUCAUUUCUUAUUGAUAUGGUUUGUAGACAUUGUGGGACUUCUCAAGCCCUUGAAGUAUUGGAAGAUAUGGCAAGGGAAUGUUGUUAUCCCAAUAUCAAUAUGUACAAUUUUCUUGUAGGUUUUAGUUCUAAACAGGGGAAAUAUAAAGAUACUGCUUUGGUUAUUUCCAAUCUUUUAUCCCGUGGGUUGAAACCGGAUGUUGUGACAUACAAUAACCUUAUACACUCUUUUAGUCUCCGUGGGCAUUCGGACUUAGUUGAUGAUAUUUUGAAGAUUAUGAAUGAGAGUUCAAUUACACCUUCACUUGUUACUUACAAUAUUCUGUUGAGUAGUUUAUGCAAAUCUGGAUUUUUGGAUCGUUCCAUAAGCUUAUAUCUCAAAAUGGUUUCUGAGAACUGUUCGCCUGACAUUGUUACUUACAAUAUUCUUCUAAAUGCAUUAUGUAAAGAAGGAUAUAUAGACGAGAGUGUUCAAUUACUUCACUGUUUGUCUGGUACUAACUGUUCUCCUGGAUUGGUCACAUAUAGAAUAGCAAUUGAGGGGUUGGCUAGAAUGAGGUCUACAAAAUCAGCAAAAGAAAUGUAUCGGGAAAUGGUGGAAAAAGGAAUCAAACCAGAUGAUCUUACCCACCGUAUUCUGAUAAGGGCUCUGUGCCGGGUAUAUGAAUUUGAAGAUGCGGUGGAGCUAUUGAAAGUGAUGUAUUGGAAAAGACAAACGAUUAAUAAUGAUGCGUAUAUAUGUGUUAUCAUAGGAUUAUGUAAGCAAAAGAAGCUUGAUAUUGCGAUUCAAGCUCUAGAAUUGAUGGUGAAAUGUCCAUGCAAGCCAGAUAGAAAAAUGUAUUAUUUUUUAAUUAAGUCUCUUGCUUAUGAGGGUAUGGUAAAAGAGGCUAAUGCUUUGUAUCAGAAGUUGAUCGAAUGGAGAUUCUUAAAGAGGACUCGGUUGAUUUAG